GGACAGAAAGAGAAAGAGAAGAAGAAGGGCAGCAGCGCAGCGACCAUGGCCUCAACCACCGCGUCUCAGCGAGAGACAGUGUCCGACCCGAGCGCACCUCUGCCGCCGCCGCCCGCUGCCCGGAGCCCGCAGACCCCCAGGACCCAGAGCCCGGAUGAAUGAGAGGAUCUGGACCGGGGCCGUGGACAAACAUGAGGGUCCUCUUCACACAAAACGCCGGUUUCGUCGCAGCUUUUUCGCCUCUUUUGUGAUGUUGGAGGCGUGUAGGACGAUGUGAACAAAACAGCUGAAUUAUAUCAGUAGAGCAGCGAGGAGAUCAAUUAUUUGGCUUCUUUUUACCCCUUUAUUUCAAUGGGAUAGAGCUUGGAUAUAUAUCUAUUUAUAUUUAAAUCAUAGCCAACAUAUUUGAAUGGAGAACGUGUUCAGCCUCCGGUAAGCACACAGCUGUCGAAAACUGAACACAGUAUAUUUUAAUACGUUAUUAACACUAUAAGAUGCAGCGAUAGCAUGUGUUAGGUUAUUAUGAGACGAUUAUUUUAAAUUAUUUUGGUUAAUUAGUAAUCCGUCACUAUAUUAUAGCAACAUGAAAAGGCAAGUGGAGCCAUUUCUGCCAAUUAUAUCAAUCAAGACAAUCAGUGAAAACUAGAUUCCUCAUGUGAUGAUAUCACUUGUAAUUUAUUUAUUUAUUAUUACUAGUUUUAGUCUGUUAUUAAGCUUAUAGGUGAUAUAGGAUCUUUUUGUUUUGAGUAGGGCGUUGAAUCAUAUUUAACAGUGUAGUGAGAUGGAGAGCGCUCGUUUAUCCCCCCGCCGGGGGGCCACCCGGCUGGAGGCUCAAUUGAGAGGCACAGGCGGAGCAGAGUGCACGGCGGCUGGGGGGGUCCUUCCCCCAGGUAACCCCGCUCCACCUCCACCUGCUCCCGGCAGCUCACCUGAGGAGCCCCCGGCCUACAACAGCAGCGACGGCCGGAGGAGCUCGGGCGUGAAGAAGCACCACCACAAGCACAACCUGAAGCACCGCUACGAGCUCCUGGAGACGCUCGGGAGAGGCACCUACGGCAAGGUGAAGAAGGCCAUCGAGCGGCACUCCGGCAGAGAAGUAGCUAUCAAAUCAAUUCGGAAGGAGAAGAUCAAGGAUGAGCAGGACAUGGUGCACAUCCGCAGAGAGAUUGAAAUUAUGUCAUCCCUCCGCCACCCACACAUCAUCUCUAUUUAUGAAGUGUUUGAGAACAAGGACAAAAUUGUGAUUGUGAUGGAGUAUGCCAGUAAGGGUGAGCUGUAUGACUACAUCAGUGAGCGCCGGCGCCUGAGCGAACGGGAGACGCGACACUUCUUCAGACAGAUAGUGUCUGCUGUGCACCACUGCCACAAGAACGGUGUAGUGCACAGAGAUCUGAAACUGGAAAAUGUGCUACUGGAUGAAAACUGUAAUAUUAAGAUUGCUGACUUUGGGUUGUCCAACAUCUACCAUAAGGAUAAACUGCUACAAACUUUCUGUGGCAGCCCGCUCUAUGCUUCACCGGAGAUCGUCAAUGGAAGACCGUACCGUGGCCCAGAGGUGGACAGCUGGGCUCUUGGGGUGUUGCUGUACACCCUGGUGUAUGGAACUAUGCCAUUUGAUGGGGGAGACCACAAGAACCUCAUUCGCCAGAUAAGCAAUGGCGAGUACAAAGAGCCCGCUCAGUCCUCAGAUGCUCGAGGACUAAUCCGUUGGAUGCUGAUGGUAAACCCAGAGCGCCGAGCCACAGUGGAAGACAUAGCUAACCACUGGUGGGUCAACUGGGGCUGGAAGAACAGUGUGUGUGACUGCGAGACCCAACGAGAACAUCGAGGUUCGCCCAUGCUGGCCCGUUUCAUUGACUGGCAAAACCGAACCGAGCCGCGAGGAACUGGAGCCAAAGUUGCUGCCAUGCCCAAUAUGCUACGCCAGAGGCCCAAAAAAUUAAAAAAGGAAAAUGUUGAGGCCGGACAGUCCCAUAGUGGAGCUGAGGAUAAGCCAGGUUUGAAGAGACCCAAGGGCAUUUUGAAGACCAGGGUCACUGAGGACCAGCAGUCGGCCAGUCUUGAAGAAGGGGCGGUGGGUCAAGCAGCUCUGCCUCUACAAGCUGAAGGUGGAGAUGAAGCUUCCAGCCCAGACAGAGAGGAAGAAGAGCCGACUCUGGGAGAAGGUUCGCCGGCUAAGAUGGUGCCCUCUCUACCCAAGAAAGGCAUCUUGAAAAACAACCAACAGCGGGAAUCAGGGUACUAUUCAUCCCCGGAGCGCAGCGAGUCCUCUGAGCUUUUAGGGGGGGCUAGUAUGUCUGUUGUAGCCACCUCCCCACCCAAAAGAGCAAUGGGGAGAAAGGGCAUCCUCAAGAGAAAUGGAAAGUACUCCACCUACAGUGGGCCACCCUCAUCAGCAACAGUAAUGGGGAUCAUUGGUGAACCUCCUCCCCCAGCGGACUCAGGUUUGUCGCGCAGUCAAAGUCGCCCCUCCAGCAUAGUAGGGGAGGACAGCUCCGUCCUGUCACUGUCACCAAGUUCCCUCAGCGGGGCUGAGUGGCACUCCUCCACUCCACACCUCCGCCCAAACAUCAGGGCCUGCGUCUCGGCCGAAAACCUGCUGCAGCUCGCCAACUUCAAGGGUUUCCAGGCCGCUCCGCCAUUUCAGGGACCUAAGAUUAGCCGGGGCCCCAAAGCAAAGGGCUCCCCAGGAGACAAUGGCAGCUUCUGUUUGCUGGGGGAUCUGGAGGACAUGACUCAGGUGUACCAGCAAGCCCUGGACAUCAGCAGCAAGCUCACGUAAGAGCCGGGUGGCAGAGAGAGAAGAAGCAGAGGGUUCCAAGCACAGCUCCGUGUGUGUGUAGUGUGUGUGUUUGUGUGUGUGGCAAUAACGACCAGUGUGUUACUGGGAUACCUUUGGGAGGUUGCAAGUUUAUAAAUUACCGGAAAGCAGAAAUGUUGAUGCAGAAGAUAUGUUUGUGCUCACGCACACGAACACACUCCGAUGCGCACACGUAGGGGCACUUCUCAGGCCAACAGGUGGAUCAGAUUUUGGUGAAGAGAAAAGACUCAGCUGGCACACGAGAACGCCACCCAGUCGGCUUUCUCGGCCCACCCGGAGACUUUGCUGCAUUCAACAUGUUUACAUAUUUAGCACGAAGGCAAGUUUGAAUCACAAACGCACCGACCAGAAACUGGUUGGCUCUCUUUGUACGCCACCCAUAGGAGUUUACAGAAGCACCUUAAAACUCGCAUGGAGCACAUGCUGUUGUGAUCUUUACUUCCCUUAUAAAAGAAGAAACAAACCAGGGUCUUGUUUAAAAAAAAAUCAAUUAUUUAUUUAUAUUUUUAAGCUUUAGUUGCAGAUGUCAAACUGGUGGGUGGCUGGCUGUUACUGGAAGAGUUUGAAGCUCCUUGUUUCCAAUGCUUUAUGUGAAACUGACAUAUAUAAUUCUAUUACUCAGUGAUAAGAACACGUAUACCUUCAUCUUACAUAACUGUGUUUGCGCAUGUAAAAAAAAUGCAAGCAUAUAUUUCUUCCUAAAAGUGUAUGUCCUGUGUAUGAUACUAGAGAAUAGGUAGGAAGUGCCUUUUUUGAUUCAUAACUAAAAUUAUAUAUGUCAUUUCCUUAAUGUAGAGGGCAAAGCCAGGCCACCCGACGACCAGUUGUUGUUUUAUGCUGUUUGUGAAUGUGGAGAAACCCGGGGCCUUCAGAGCAUAGCUGACUCACUUCAUUUAGGGUUCAAAGGUAAACGCCAGGUAAAUCAAACUCCUUUUUUUCUACUAGCUUUUUCUAGGCCACUUUGGGGAAAAAACUCU